AUGGAUCGUCACCUGAUCUAUCCGCCCGGUUACAAGGAGCAAAAGAAAGAGGAGUGGGACGCGGAUCCAAGUUUGAAAGGCAAGCCAAUACCUAUCCAGGGUACUUCACAAAAGCUCGAGACGCCAGAAGAAAUUGCUGCGUGGAUUGAAGAACGCCGGCGUCGCUUUCCUACCGCAGAUCGUGUUGAGGAAAAGAAGCGACGGUUGGAUGAAGCUGUCGCGCGAGGGCAGUUACACCCGGAUGAUCCUGCUCUAAGAGGCAAUAAGAGGCGGCGUCUAGAUGAUGGUUCGCAUGAUAAUGGUGGUGGGAGGGGCGGCGAUAGAGGAAGGGGAAGAGGUCGGGGGAGAGGCAGAGGCGCCGACAGAGGUGGUGGACGUGGUGGCCAUCUCGCGAGUUCUGGAACCCAUGUACCUGCUUUGGGGCUGGCCGGUCUACCACCCAAGCCGUCACUUGUUGCGCACGAGUCUUCAUCUUCAUCUUCCUCGGACACAGAGGAUGAUGACGGGCCGCCUGAAGAGUCCUCUUCCAAACCGGCGCAACCUGCAGAGACUCAACUGCAGCAGCCGAUCACUGUGCAAGACGCUCCAAAGGACGCGAGCCUUCCCAUCACUGCCGCCGGCACUUCAAAGCAAACUCCGAUGCCGCGGCCCAAGCCAGCGCAGCCACGGAAGCCACCCGCAAACCCAUUCGGUCCCAAGUCGUCCUUAUUACGAAACCUGUUAUCAACCGAGAUUCGCAUGACGGUCUCGAACCUAUCCCAAGCCAUACACUUCUUGGUCGACAACGACUUUCUCGAGGGCGUUGAGCUGCGGCCGGGAGAAGCCGAUGAGAAGCUCAUCGAAGUUCUAGAAGAAUCUCCUUCCGCGGAUCUUGUUGACGACCAUGGACCAGCGUCGGACGGACCGGGCGCGGACGGCUCGAUAGGGAGGUCUUCGUAG